GGAACUAAGCACGUAAACAAGGCUCAAAGGCGAUCGAUUUCAUUUUUUUUACAGAAGAAAUAUCACUAAAAAUAUAUACAAAUUGAUGUUAUGAGUUUCCAACGCGAGGAAUAGCUGAAAUGUCUUAUGAAGAUGACAAACUGUGCUGGAAAGACGCGGCUCGUAGGAUUUUAAUACUGCAGGAGUCGUCCUCUGACGGACCAUUUAACUCAAACCUUAACGUUAUACUGGACGAACUGAAUUCUUUGGAUUAUGCAACAAGUGUGGUGGACAAUGAAGAGAGUGCUUUACAAGUACUGUGUAAAUGUUGUACACUUAUACAGUCAGGUGGAAAUGAUGACUUUCUCAGCACAAAGUUCUGUCAACUGAUUGUGAAUCUGCUGGCAAAACAAAAGGUUGGCCUCAAUCAAGAAACACUGAAUCAUCUCACCAGCUUCCUUAUUAACUGCAUCAAGAUUUGUAAAAAGUGGACAGUACUGAACAUUUUACGAGCUUUAGGAUCUACUCUUUAUGAAAAUGGGUCACUCUGUGAACAGUUUGGUGAUAGACUGUUAGGUAAAGGUGGGGUGCUGGUGGACCUGUGCAGGGACAAGUCACAGGAAACCGAUGUUCUCUGUAGUACUAUCCAAUGUGUGGCUAAUAUAUGCAUGAGGUCAUCAAAUGGAUUACAUUUGGAUGAUAAAUUCAUUGCACAAGCAUUCAAUCUUCUUCUGGAUCUUCUGCAAACUACCAACCCAAACUCAUGUAAAACAGAGAUUGAACAUUUUAGGGUCAUCAAUGCAGUUUUGCGUGCUUUGUUAAAUGUUCUUGUUCUCGGGUGUUCAAAUCAGAGUUAUGAUCUUGGACCUCUCUUGGCAGCUCUUAAGAACUACAUGUUUUGUGGCUUGCCUGGCUACAAACCAGUGUAUGCUGAGAAGAGGAACCAGCAACCAGAGGAUCAACCAGGGAUUGAGCCAGAUGAUUUAUCUUCAGUUCAUUUAGACACAAUACCCCAAAAAGAUCGUACCUACUCUGCCCUUAGCAAGAAGAAAAAGAGACGCUCCAACAACAAAAAAUCGAAACAAACUGCCUCACCUGUGGCACCCAAGCAAACAUCUGUUGGUAGCCUUUCAACAGAAGCGCCAACACAAACAUUUGCAGCAAUGAAUUUACAUUAUAGUUUGAGUAAAGAGGCUGGACACCAGGAGGACCAGUGCAUUAGUCUCAGACCCAGAAAUAUGCAAAGACACACUACACAUUAUUCCAGAAGUAAUAAUUUUACUCAAAAGAAAGACAGUGCAGCUAUGAAUAUGAACACUCUUGAUAGAUCAGGUGCAGAAUCAUCAGGCUAUCACAGUGCAUCAAGCUUGUCCAAUGCAAGUUCUGACUCAGAAUAUUCUGAUAGUGAGGCAGGACAGACAGCAAGGCUAAGGUCUAUAACAUUGAAAGUUCGGCUGAAUGUUCUUCUUUGUCUUCAGGCUGUGAUUAAAAGCACAGACAAAAAGGUUCUGUUUGGAUACUGGUCCUCAUUCAUUCCUGAUAAUACAAUGUCAGCAUCAUGGUCCCUUUUCACAAUAAUUCUGAAGGAUCCCACUCCAAAGGGCCGAGCUGCAGGUGUAACUGUCCUCAUGGACUUAUUGGAUGGUUCAAGACAAUUCUUGGUGGCUGCUGAAGAACGAGAGCAGCAUAGUAGUUCACCGUCAUCGCGACCUUACACUUCAUUCUCUGCGAAACUGAGCGGAAUUGUUCAUGAACUUCACAGAUGUCUGCUGCAAGCUUUAGUCGCAGAAACAUCAGCUACUACUAAGGCCCAGAUACUAAAGUGCCUGUCCCUUCUAGUGCUGAACUCGCCAUACAACAGAUUAAAGGAAGGACUAGUCACCAAAGUUGUCAGACAACUUCGGCCUUUACUUUUCCUUAAAGAUCCAAACCUACAAACAGCAGUGUUAUCUUGUCUAAGAAUGGUUGUGUGUGUGCACACCCCACUACAAGAAGUGGUUGAAAUUAUGAGGCCAACCUCGGAGGAAAUCAGCACAGGGAAUAGGACUGUAUCUGGAAACAACAGUAGUUCUGCCCAUGACAUGAGUUCAGUUUAUGUGAAACCUGAUUUACAGGUUCCACUUGAGUCUCCAUGGCUCAUAAACUGGUGUGUUAAUACUAUAAAUAGGAGGGAAAAUUCAUUGGUGGUGCGAUUGGAAGCCUUGCAGUUCAUGGGAUCCUUUGUGAAGAGCUAUGUCUUCUUACUCAGUUCCAGUGUGGUAGAGUGUCUCAGGAGUCUGGCAUGUUCAUGUUUAAAGGAUGUGGAUGUACCAUUUACACUGUCUGCUAUGAAGUUUCUAGAGGAAAUCGCGCGGGCGAUGUAUGCUGACUUUUCAAGCCAUGCUGAUAGGAGUGCAGUUUCUAAAGAACAGAUUUUACAAUUCUGGCUCAAGUUAAUGGACGGUCCUCUGAUCACUGUGAUACAAGAGGGAAGCUCUGUGUGUGCUCCUUCAUGUAGUGCUGCAGUUGACUGCCUGUCCAACAUUGGAGCUGUCAUCUUUAACGAACUUCCCGUACACAAGCGUAUUCUUUGCAUUACCCUACUACUUGGUUUGUCCAAUGAUGAAGACAAGAAUGUAAAGGCCUCAUCAGUACGUGCCCUGGGUGUGUUUGUUCUGUACCCUUGCCUGAGAGAUGAUGUGCUGUUUGUAGCAGACACGGCUAAUGCCAUGCUCACAGCCAUGGCUGAUCCUAAGAUAAUGGUACGGAUGAAGGCAGCCUGGUCGCUGGCUAAUCUCAGUGACUCUCUGGUAACCAAUAUGUCUUGUGGAGACACCGGUUUUAUGGAAGAUUUUUCAGACAUGUUGCUAUUGAAGCUGUUGAAUACUUCUAUUACAGCGGCGGAUGAUAACGAAAAGGUGAAGUCCAACGCGGUCAGAGCCCUGGGAAACUUUCUCCGCUACAUCAGGAUGUCAUCUUUGGAUAAACCAGGCUUUGUUGAGGCGGUGGAGAAAGCUGUGCAAGCGUUGGUGAGAAACGUCGGCUCAGGGCUUAUGAAGGUUCGCUGGAAUGCUUGUUACGCCAUUGGCAAUGUGUUUCGCAAUGCUUUCUUGCCGAUCGGCACAGCACCUUGGACGGCUGAGAUUUUCACUGGUUUGGAAAAUGUAAUUCGCGACUGCAAGAACUUUAAGGUUCGAAUCAAUGCCGUCCUACCCUUGUCAAUUCCCCCAGAAAGGCGUUACUAUGGAGGCGUGACUCUGUAUUGUCGAAUUUUCGCCACAUUGAUUGACGCCUUGAAAGGCACUGAGAAGGUCACGGAGUUUAGCGAGUUCAAAUACAGAGACCAUCUGAGGCAGCAGCUUUGCAAUUCACUUUGUCAUAUGACGCAAAUGAUGACAGAAGAAGACGCCAGUUCUCUCGGUUCUACGCUGGAGGAAAGCCACGAUGCAUUGAAAGAUUACAUUGCAGAUUAUGUUCGCCACCUUUACACUCAGGAGUCGUCAAUCGAAGAUCAAAAGGACGGCAAUACAGCAACUGAAAAAUUAACCGCUGUACAGGACGCUCACAGGCGGGUGCAUGGGGAGCUAGAGGCAUCUACCCCCGCGGUUAAGAUCUUGCAAGAUGUGUUUGGAGAACGGACUAAGGCUACAGAGACGAAAGAUGAAGCGAGGACAACAGAAGAAGUCAAGUCUGAGUGAUAUCUUAGUUCCCAGUAUUCAGCACGAGUUCUUAUUGGUCCAUGAAGAUAUUUUGUUUGCGGAACUGCUAAGACACAGAAGGAAAAAUAAUGUCUUGGUUACGGCGGAACCCAGAGAGAGAUUGAUAAUAAGAAAAAAAACAUUUCACUAUUGAAGUUAACUUUGUCCCAAAGUUUUGCUACCUUCAGCUCAAACUUGGAAUUAAAGAACUUAUAAAAAUAAAA